UUUAACACAACAGCAUACCGAUCUGACGAACAAAUGUUAUCGAAGGGUCAGAAAAAGUGAUAUAUCUGUCGACAAUUAUAAUAAUUCUCUAUUCUCUUAUUUAAUUCCGAUAGAUUUCUUUUUUGUAAGAUUCCUUUUGUAACUUCCGAAGAAAUAUCUGAAUUGUUACUUCGUUCCACUUUCGAUUUAUUAGCGCAUAAGUAAAAAAGAUGUCUCAUACAAUAUUACUGGUGCAGCCUGGUCACAGGCCGGAAACAAGAACAUAUUCUGAUUAUGAAAGUGUUAACGAAUGUAUGGAAGGUGUAUGUAAAAUCUAUGAAGAACAUUUAAAAAGACGAAAUCCUAACACUCCAACUAUCACCUAUGACAUUAGUCAAUUAUUUGACUUUGUUGAUCAAUUAACUGAUUUAUCAUGUCUUGUGUAUCAAAAGUCAACGAAUACUUAUGCUCCGUAUAAUAAGGAUUGGAUUAAAGAAAAGAUAUACGUACUAUUACGUAGAGCUGCAGGACAUAGCGAGUAAAAUCAGUGUAUAAACAAAGAUAUGUAUGUUCUUUUAUAUAUAUAAGAUAACUCUUAAAUAUUCUAUAUUAUUUGUCAU